GAGGAUUUUAUUACCUUUAAAUAAUUUGGCACAAGACACGCUGUAAGCUGUUAGUGGAUGAGGCUGUCAAUUUUUGUAUUUGAAAAGCAUCUAUCAAACUGCAACUUCAAGUGGCCGUAAAAUCAUUCUACAAUGAAAUUGGCAAUUGUCUGCAUAACACUGUUCAUUUCUGCCUCCAGUGCAGAUGACUUACAAUCUCCGGGAUGCAUAAGUAAACAUUCCGAGUUCGUGCAACUAUCGAUUUCUCCGUCAUUCGUUUCAAUCUUUGGAAAUAUUCCAAUUACCAUACAAGGCCCGUCUCUCCAACAUGCCAGUAGCGUUCAGAUCCGAUUCAACGAUAAGACCGCUCAAACAGUAAAUGCAUCGAUAUCAGGUAACAACACGGUCACCUGUACUUUACCGCACCUAUAUAAGCUUGGUAGAAUACAGGUGGACAUGUUGGUAAAGCGAACGAACAGUACCAUCAACACAUUCUACGGCUAUAUUUACACCGAAAGGCAUCGUACCGAUUUGAAUUUUGAGUUUGUCGGUGCACACACAUACAAAAUGUCUUGGGAUAAGACUCAUUUCGAUGCAGGUGCUUCAUUGGACUUGGAACUGUUGGAAGUUGCCGGUGGUCUUUUAACCUCAAGAGGUGUCAUUAAGCGGAAUAUCACGAAUGACGGACUUUUUAAAGGGGACCUCGACAGCUUAGCCACGGCAGUGUUUCAAAAAUUGAGAAAUAUUUACGUGGUUCAAAUCCGACCCAACUCACGAAUGCCCCGCAUUUCUGCUGUCAACCAACAUCCGAUAGUGUCUAAUUUUCUGAAUCAACUUCGUGGAAAAUCUGAGCCAGAACUCCAUGACUUAUGCUAUAGUUGGUACAUUCAAGAUAACGGUGCACCGACAGAUGCUUUGCCUUGCCCACCCACCUUACAGAAAGCACAGGUUGAUGAACGAUUCGAGCCUGUUGACGACUUGGCGUUGUAUAACCCUGACGCAGAUAACGGCUUUAUGCAAAAAGUUCCAUCACACAGCGGUGCAGCGCAACGAUGUGUUUACAACGACGGAAAACUUUUGAUUGGUCGAAGCGGUGGUAACGUACGAUCCGUUAGCCCUAAUGGUGAACACGGUGAGGUUCCGCAUAUUGCUGCAGACAUAUUGCCGUGGUAUACGUGCUGUUAUCUACCAGUAAAUAGCGCCUAUUGUGACCUCUAUCAAGAAAGGAGACCAUCGAAUGAUGGCCGCGAUUACGUGGAUCCUCAUUGUGGAUGCGCCGUAGGUGAUCCACAUUUCACUACAUUCGACGGGCUUUAUUAUACGUUCCUUGGGCUUGGUGAAUUUUGGAUUAUCAAAAGUCGAGAUUUCUCGAUGCAAGGCAGAUUUACGCAAUAUUUGCAUACACAAGCAACCGUUUGUACUGUAUAUGUCAUGAAUCAACGUAGUUGCGAUGGGGAUGCAACCGUUCAGUUAUCGUUGAUGGAAAAACACAUUGAAAUAAUGAUAGAUGGCCAGGUAGUAGCAAUGAAUCCGAACGUUAACCAGCCUAAACGCACUAUAAUCCACAACGGUGCCUCGAUUGUAAUAUUUUCUCCUCACGACAUCAGAGUUACGUUUUCGUCCGGAUAUUCGUUCAAAUUCACCUAUCACCCUCAAGUUAUUAACAUGGCUGCUAUGGUUGCUGAUGAAUUGAAGGGUAAGUUCAGAGGAUUGUUUGGUGUGUUUGAUGACAACCAGGCAAAUGAUCUCACUUUACCAAAUGGCAAUAUCAUCCCAACCAAUGCCGAUUCAAAGACGUUACACGAGUUUGGUAUGCAAUGGCAAAUAACUUGUGAAGAAAGUCUGUUUACGUAUCCACUCGACAAAGGCUUCGACAACUUUCACGAUGAUGACUUUGUUCCACACUUUGAAGUACCAGAUUUAACAAAAUUAUCACCACAAGAUGUGGAAGCCUGCAAGGGCUCCUUCGAAUGUUUGUUCGAUUUAUCCGUAACUGGGAAUAUUGAGUUGGCGACUGGUACCAUGGAAGCUGUUGAGAAUUUCGUCAACGUCGCCAAAUCAUUGACUAUUGGUUGUGAAAGAAUAUCUGUUCCGAGAAAUGGAUACUUGCAGGUUCUUAAUUACUUGGAAAAUAGCACAGUGCGACUCGUUUGUAAUGUAAAUUACGAAGUUCAAGGUGUUGAUUCCGUGAAAUGUGUUAAAAAUUUCAGUGGUAAACUGUCUUGGGACGGAAAAUUGGGUGACUGUGUGAAGAAAUGUAACUAUGACAACUCAUGGCUACAAUGGCUUUGUGAAAAUGUCUUUCCUAUGUAGGGAGAACUUUUUAAUUGAGUAACAACAUCGUUGCAUUGAUAUGUGGAUCAAUCCGAAAUAUUAAAAAUAUUUUAGAGAAUAAAUCAACUCAAU